AUGUCUUCUAUCGGCGAUCUCUCGGGGAGUGCUUCUGGCUGCAAUAGCCGUCCGGAUGAUUCUGACCUCAACUUAGCCACUUCUUUUUCAGCAGCUUCCUCAUCUUCAAAUCCUAGCGCCUCCCGCCACAAGACAUCCCCUAUCUGGCAACAUUGUCGACUAGAAGAGGGUAGAAAUAUACCGGCUGCCUGGGUCGAUUCCAACGGAAGGAGAUGGUGGCAUUGCCAACCCUGCUUCGACAGGAAGAAAAGAGACAAGAAGUACAACUGCUCUGGUGGAUCGUCCACUAUCAUCGAUCAUCUGCGUAAACAGCAUGGAAUUGUGCUCUCUAAGAGGCAAGACAUCCACCGGGAAGCGACAGAAAGCCGCCUUGGAGACAUUAGUUCCUUCUUGAGCAAAGAAACCCUGACCUCUACCAAGAGACGCAAGGUGACAGCAGAGGAGGAUACGCUUGACCAAGCCACUCUGCGCGAACUAUACUGCCGCUACACGGUAGCUUGCAGUCUGCCUUUUGCUCAGGUCGAACAUCCGGCCUUUCGUGACUUGAUCCGCUAUCUUCGUCCGGCUGCCGAUGAUCUCCUUCCAAGGUCAGGCGAUACAGUUAAGACCGACUUACAAUGGGGCUAUGACAACAAGAAGGAUAUUCCUGACAAUUGGACUUCGCCGAAUGGUUUGGGGGUCAUUGGUUUCACAGUUCAAUUCGUAACGGAAGAUCACGGUUUACAAUCGCUUGUGGUGAGGAUUAAGGAGCUGGAAGGAGAACACAGCGGAGAACACAUGGCCGAAGCCAUCAUGGAGUUCAUACGAGAAUACGGUAUCGCCACAAAAGUUGGAUACUUCAUGAUGGACAAUGUUAGCAACAUGAACACCAUGAUUGACAAGGUCUCUGACGAACUGGAGCGAGAGUUUGAUGUUUUCUACGACACUCUUCCCCAUCGGCUUCGCUGUACCGGCCACAUCAUGAACCUGGCCGUGAUGGAAUUUCUCAUAGGAAAACGGCCGCGGACGACAGGCUCCUAUGGUGGGCCAUCCGAAGAGGAGAUUGAGGAAUGGAGAAAGCGAGGGGCGAUAGGAAAGCUUCAUAAUAUCGUGGUCUAUGUCACUUGGACCACCAGAGGCUUCAAACGUUUACUGUUCUCACCGAUGGCCUCAGGCUACGGCGUGACAAUGACACUCGUUGGAAUUCAUGAGCCUGCUCUACAAGAGGAUACCCUGACUCCGUCUGAUUGGGUAACUUUGGCCGAGAUUCACAAGUUUCUGGAACCAUUCCACGACGCGACAAUGGCCAACGAGGGCGUUCAAAAUUCCAUCGCCGACGUUCUCCCCACCAUGGAUUAUCUCCUACACCACAUCGAGGCCGCCAGGGAGGCCACCACCAUCCCCCACUUGGCUACAAUGAUGGAGACUGCUUGGGCCAAACUGGCCGACUACUACGAAUUGACAGAAGACUCUCCAGUCUAUUCAGCAGCCACAGUCUUAAACCCUUCUUUCAAGUGGGCAUACAUGGAGAAGACUUGGGAAGACAAGACGGAAUGGAUUGAGAGAGCUAAAUCUCGGGUAGGGCAGCUGUGGAGGGAAUCGUACAAAUCAACUUCUUCCUUGCCGGUUCUUCGACGAGGCUCAGCAGAGGAGCCAACUACGAGGCGACUAAAUGGGUACAAAAUGUGGAUGAAUGAGCAGAAGGCGACGAUUUUCAACACGGACGAUGACGAGUACGAAGUGUACUGUCGUGAGCCUGUUGUGAUGACGCCGGACCCGCUGAAAUGGUGGCUGGAGGUGGCCCAGCGAAGACGAUUCCCUAGCUUGUCAUUGAUGGCCAUCGACAUUCUUUCUAUCGCAGCUAUGUCUUCUGGGACAGAGCGACUCUUUUCUAAAUUAAAACUUACGGUAACCGAUCAGCGAGGAGCUAUAGACGCUGAAACUUUAAAUAUCGUGGAAUGCCUACGUUCCUGGGACAGCAGCGCCUUGAUAGUCCCAUCAGAUUGUCGCUAUGUCGAUGCGGCUUCCGGGUUUAAUCACUCUGAUGCAUUGGGACGCGAGGAGAGCGGUGGGGGAUUAGACACAGUGGAGAUAGCCUAG